UUAAGAGAGUCGCUCGCCUGUCGCGCACAUUGUGUAGAUACCGGUUCGCCGCUGUCGUGUUGUGUUUUUAUUCUCGCUCUGUACCGUAAUGUCUGCUCAUUCCGCCGAAGAGCCGUUCCCGUUCCACGGGCUGCUUCCGAAAAAAGAGACCGGCGCUGCUUCGUUCCUCACAAAAUUCCCGGAGUACGAUGGCCGAGGGGUGCUCAUCGCGAUCCUCGACACCGGGGUGGACCCAGGGGCCCCGGGCAUGCAGACUACGACAGACGGGAAGCCCAAGAUCGUGGACAUCAUUGACACGACGGGCAGCGGCGAUGUGAACAUGUCCAGUGUGGUGGAGGUCAAAGACGGGCUUGUGACCGGACUGACCGGACGCUUGCUCAGAGUUCCUGAUGCUUGGGUGAAUCCGUCUGGGAAGUAUCACAUCGGAAUAAAGAACGGUUAUGAUUUUUUCCCUAAAGCUCUCAAAGAGAGAAUACAGAAAGAGCGUAAGGAGAAGCUGUGGGAUCCGGCACACAGAGCAGCUCUCGCUGAGGCCAGUCGCAGGAUAGAAGAGUUUGACCAGUCUCACCCAAACCCAUCACAGAUGGAGAAGCUGCAGAAGGAGGAGCUACAGUGUCACGUGGAGCUGUUAGGGACCCUGGAGAAGAAGUACAGUGAUCCAGGGCCGGUUUAUGACUGUAUAUCGUGGCACGACGGCGUCACGUGGAGGGCUGUGGUGGACACUUCUGAGAACGGAGACCUGUCGUCUUGCACCAUCCUGAGCUCUUAUCGAGAGAGACAGGAAUAUGCCACAUUAGGAUAUGCCGAGAUGCUCAAUUACUCCAUAAACAUCUAUGACGAGGGAAACACUCUGUGUAUCGUCACCAGCGGAGGAGCUCAUGGGACGCAUGUGGCCAGCAUUGCAGCGGGUCACUUCCCCGAUGAACCCGAGCGGAACGGAGUCGCUCCAGGAGCUCAGAUCCUGGCUGUGAAGAUCGGAGACACGCGCCUCAGCACAAUGGAGACGGGAACCGGCCUCAUACGAGCCAUGAUUGAAGUCAUAAACUACAAGUGCGAUCUUGUGAACUACAGUUAUGGGGAGGCGACGCAUUGGCCGAACUCAGGGAGAGUCUGUGAGGUGAUCACGGAGGCCGUACAGAAGUAUAAUGUGUUGUUUGUGUCGAGCGCUGGGAAUAACGGCCCGUGUCUGUCCACCGUGGGCUGCCCGGGAGGAACCACCAGCAGCGUGAUCGGUGUGGGUGCUUACGUCACGCCGGACAUGAUGGUGGCCGAGUACUCGCUGAGAGAGAAGCUUCCUCCGAACCAGUACACAUGGUCGUCCCGCGGCCCCAGCACAGACGGGGCUCUGGGGGUCAGCAUCAGCGCCCCCGGCGGAGCCAUCGCCUCCGUGCCCAACUGGACGCUCCGCGGCACGCAGCUGAUGAACGGCACCUCCAUGUCCUCUCCCAACGCCUGCGGAGGAAUCGCUCUGGUGCUCUCAGGUCUGAAGCAGAACGGCGUGCAGCCCACAGUGCCGGUGGUGCGCAGGGCUCUGGAGAACACGGCUCUGAAAGUGGAGGAUAUAGAGGUGUUUGCACAGGGUCACGGCAUCAUUCAGGUGGAGCGGGCGUUCGACUACCUCAUGCAGCAUGCGUCGCUGCCCACCAGCAGCCUCGGCUUCACUGUGACUGUGGGAUCGCAGCGAGGCAUCUACCUCAGGGACCAGACCCAGGUCACCGGCCCGUCCGAUCACGGGGUCGGCAUCGAACCCGUGUUUCCAGAGAACUCAGAGAACUCGGCCCGUAUCUCGCUGCAGCUGCAUCUGGCUCUCGUCUGUAAUGCUACAUGGGUACACUGUCCAUCGCACCUGGAGCUCAUGAAUCAGUGCAGACAUGUCAACGUCCGCAUCGACCCGCAGGGCCUGCGAGAGGGGCUGCACUACACUGAGGUGUGUGGAUACGACACGUCAGCUCUCAGCGCUGGUCCCCUCUUCAGAGUGCCUAUAACGGUUAUAAUCCCUGUGAGAGUAGCUGACAGUCGCAGUCAGGAGAUCACCUUCACAGACGUCCACUUCAGACCAGGACAGAUCCGACGGCAUUUCAUUACCGUCCCUCAUGGAGCAUCAUGGGCAGAGAUCUCGUUAACGUCUCACUCUGGAGACGUGUCGUCGAAGUUCGUCCUGCAUGCGGUUCAUCUGGUGAAGCAGCGAGCGUAUCGAGCCAAUGAGUUUUAUAAGUUCUCGUCUCUGCUGGAGAAGGGCUCGCUCACGGAGGCUUUUCCUGUGCUGCCAGGACGGACUCUGGAGCUCUGUGUUGCUCGCUGGUGGGCGAGUCUCGGUGAUGUCACUAUUGAUUAUGUCAUUUCCUUCCAUGGGCUGGUGACAUCACCUUCUCCUAUUCAUAUCCACGCCUCUGAAGGGAUUUCUAGUUUUGAGGUUUGUUCUCCGCUGAGAUAUGAAGACGUUUCCCCAACAAUCACACUGAAGAACUGGGUUCAGCCUCUCAGGCCUGUAAGUGCUAAAAUAAAACCCCUCGGCGCCAGAGAUGUGUUACCCAACAACAGACAGCUCUACGAGAUCGUCCUCGCGUAUAAUUUCCAUCAGCCCAAGAGUGGCGAGGUGAUGCCCAGCUGUCCGCUGCUGUGUGAGUUAUUAUACGAGUCUGAGUUUGACAGUCAGCUCUGGCUCCUGUUUGACCAGAACAAGAGGCUCAUGGGCUCCGGAGACGCUUAUCCACACCAGUACUCUCUGAAGCUGGAGAAGGGCGACUACACGGUGCGUCUGCAGGUGCGUCACGAGCAGCAGAGUGAGCUGGAGCGUCUGAAGGACCUGCCCUUCCUCGUGUCUCACCGUCUCUCCAACACGCUCUCGCUGGACAUCUACGAGACGCACCGCGCCGCCAUGCUGGCCAAGAAGAAGGCCAACUCCAUCACGCUGAGCCCCGGCGCGUCGCAGCCCUUCUACAUCACAGCCCUGCCCGACGACAAGAUCCCUAAAGGAGCCGGACCCGGCGGCUACAUCACCGGCUCGCUGGUUCUGCCCAAGAGUGAGUUCGGCAAAAAAGCUCAGGGACAAGCUUCAGCCAAACGACAAGGAAAAUUUAAAAAGGAUAUCGUGCCAAUCUUUUACCACCUGGUUCCUGCUCCCAACAAAACCAAGAAUGGAAAAGGAGAAAAGGAGAAGGAUGCGGAGAAGGAGAAGGACGUGAAGGAUGAGUUCACCGAAGCGCUGCGAGACCUAAAGAUCCAGUGGAUGACCAAGUUGGAGAGCAGCUCGCUGUUCGAGGAGCUAAAGGAGGCGUUCCCCACACACCUGCCUCUUCAUGUCCAGAGACUGCAUCAGCUGGACUCAGAGAAGGAGCGUUUGAAGCGUCUGCCAGAGAUCGCAGCUGCAGCUGAUGCAGUGACGUCUCACAUCGAUCAGACCGCACUCGCUGUCUACUUCACCAUGAAGAUGGAUCCGCGGCCCGACGCCGCCUCCAUUAAGAGUGACAUGGAGAAGCAGAAGGCGUCUCUGCUGGAUGCGCUCUGCAGGAAGGGCUGCGCUCUGGUGGAUGAGCUGAUGCAGACGUCUGCGCAGGAGGGCGCUAGCGCAGGUGAGGUGAGCAGCUCCGAGGACGAGCCGCAGGCCAAAGCACUGACCGACACCUUCUGGGAGCUGCAGAAGUGGGCAGAGCUCACCGACACUAAGGUUCUAGCGUUUUCCUACAAACACGCGCUGGCAAACAAAAUGUACGCGAGAGCCUUGAAGUUCGCGACUAAGAUCGUCGAGGACAAACCCAGCAAAGAGAACUGGAAGAACUGCAUACAGCUGAUGCGCUCUCUGGGCUGGAUGCACUGCGUCUCGUACACUGAGAACUGGCUGCCCAUCAUGUACCCGUCUGACUACACGCCCUUCUAAAGUCGUUCGUUUUUAACCGAGGAGACUUUUAAUGCCUUCUGGAAACCAUCAGGAACCAAACACCUCAUAUCACACGGUCCUUCACGGAUCCCACAAUGCCUUUCUGUGCGGAUCACAGCACUGAACCCACAGUUCUCAUCCUACAGCUUGAAUCACAUCGCCGUAUUUCACUGGGAUUCUUCAUCGUACAGCGUUCGUCUCUUUUUAUUAAAGGGAACUUGUAUAAUAACUUGCAUUAUGUUGUUACCGGGCAUUUGCACAGUGGACAUUUUUCCCUCGACAACAAUAACAGCGUAAGAUGAACUGCUCAAUACAGAAAACAUCGAGGCAAUAUGAUGGACAUCCAGUGGAUAAAACCUCCAGCUCAUAUUUCACCCUAAGUUCAAGGAAAACUAACUUUAUUUCUGCAUUUUGUUUUUAAAUUUUGGGGUGAAAUAUUUUUUUUUUUUUUUGUGAUUUGACCCUAAUAUAAGUCAAAUGUAUGCAUGUUUUAUAAAGACACAUGGGUCAUUUCAUGUUCAUGGCUUUCAAUCUUGUGCCGUUAUGAAGAAAGUCUGAGCUUUUGUGCGAUUGAAAGUCCAAGUUUUCUCAUAUUCUGAGCCUGGACUCGAAUAUUUCUUUCUGAAUUUGUCGUUUCGGUGUGUAAGUGAAGCAGCGUUUAAAUGUGUGCGUGCUCAUCUUGUGCAUCUCGAACGGUUCUUCAGGGUUUAGACAUUGAAAAUGGAUCAUCUCUCCAUUUCCCUUCAUGAAGGGGGACGUUUCACUGCAAAAAAUGAUUUUUGUCUUGUUUUCUUGUAUAAAUAUCUACAAAUUCUGGAAUUAAGAUGCAUUUACUUGACGACUUAAGAUAUUAUGUCUUAAAUUAAUCCAAAUUUAGUUCUUUUUGUUUAAAACAAGUAAAAAUAAUCUUGUUUAGCCUUUGAAUUAAGAUUAUUUUUCUUACUCCAUCAGCAGAUAUUUUCACUUGUUUUAAGCAAAAACGAAUAAAAUUUGGAUAAUAUUUUCAGAAAACAAGACAAAAUAUCUGUCAAUUAAAAUGCAUCCUGAUUCAAGAAUUUUUAAAUAUUUAUACUAGAAAACAAGACAUGAAUACUAAGGAAGAAAAUGUAUUUUUUGCAGUGAUGAAAGUAAGAAACGAAGCCAGCAAUUCAUGCUCUGUGUGUUUUCACUAGUGACGCUCACUUUUCUUCAGAGGGCUUUUGCAUUGGCUUGGAGACGCAUUGCUGGUGUGAUCUUUCUUCAGUUUUCUCUCGUGUGUUUGCAUUGUUUGUUGAUGUUCAGAGCUCAGACGUCUCAAACGACAAGUUCUUCAAAAAUGGCCUUAAAUACUCAUCAAACCCCGUCCACCUCUGCGUUUCUUCAGGAAAUAUCACAAAAUUCUGAAUCAAAAACCCUUGAUAUCUUCAGAUAUAUUUAUGGAUGUCUUGUAUUUAUAAAGUAUAAAUGAAUACUAGGUAAUGCCAAUAUUUUAAAGUCAUUUUAAUUCAUGCAUAGAGUAGGUAGGUGUUAUUUUAUAUCCAUUACUCCUCGUGAGACGUAUCUGAAGUAACAGCCGGUUAUUUUGUUAAAUGUGUAUUUGAUGAAGAUUCUGAAUAAAAUUAUCUGGAACUGACAA